CACGAGUAUGACGUUUUUCUGUGGUGACGUGUCUUUGUUGACAGUGGAGCUCAGGAAACUUUGCUAGCUAGCAUAUCUCACUACUUAGACAUGGCUGUUGAUAUAACUCUGCUUUUUAAAGCCAGUGUGAAAACUGUCAAAACAAGGAACAAGGCCAUUGGAGUUGGGAUUGAAUCUCCGAAAGACGACAUAUUCAAGAGGAGCAAAACGAAGAAUGGAUUUUCUCCCAAAGCGAAGGAAGUGAUCUCAAACAUUACCAAGCUGAAAGACUUUCUUCUCCAGCACAGGAAAGACUAUGUGAAUGCAGGAAGUCUCAUCUCAUCAGACCUGACAUGUAUGACGGACAAUGAGCGAGACCAGAUUGACCAGGAUGCCCAGAUCUUCAUGAGGACCUGCUCGGAGGCCAUCAAGCAGCUACGCACUGAAGCCGAUAAGCAGGUGUUGUCAGCCCAGAUAAAGGAGCACAGAAGGGGGGUUCUAGACCUCAUCGAGAUGUAUUUAAAAGAAGUGUGUAAGCUGUACUCUGAGCAGAGGGCCAUAAGGGUGAAGAGAGUCGUGGACAAGAAGAGACUGUCAAGACUUGAGCCGGAGCACCACAGCAAGGCGGAGAAAGGUGUGCAGCAGCAGAUGGAGCACACAGAGGAGAAGACGGCCAAGGAGGAGAGCACCGAGAGAAGUGUGACCGAGGUGCCAGAGAGCAGCAUCAACCCAUGGGAGGAGGGCAGGGUGGAGGACGAACUCUCACCUGAGGAGAUCCAAAUGUUUGAACAUGAGAACCAGAGGCUGGUGAGUGAGAUGAGCAACCUGGUGGAUGAAGUGAGGCAAAUAGAGGGUAAAGUUGUUGAAAUAUCACGUCUUCAGGAGAUAUUUGCAGAGAAGGUGCUUCAACAAGAAACUGAAAUAGAUAGUAUCCACCAGCUGGUGGUUGGCGCCACAGAGAAUGUCAAAGAAGGAAAUGAAGAUAUUAGAGAGGCCAUCCAAAACAACGCCGGCUUUCGUGUUUGGAUCCUCUUCUUCCUUGUAAUGUGCUCGUUCUCUUUGCUUUUCCUGGAUUGGUACGACAGUUAACCCAUAUACUGCUGACAGAGCUCCCUGCAGGAAAGGACAUCACCAUGGGACUCACCCUGGUUGGCCCUCACAUUGAAAUACUGAUACAAUUGGACUAAAUGGAAGGUUUAAGAGGCUACAAUACUGAAUCUAGAACAGCUUGUGCUAAUUAAUAGCUAACAAUUUUGAUAUGACUGGAACUAACUGUCCAGGACUGUCCUUUCAGUGCACUCAAUGACAAACACACAAACUUUCACCCACCAGAGGGCGACAUGGAAGCACUUCCUGUAGAGGGAAGAAUGGUGCUGGCCAAAUAUAAUGUGCUCUCAUCUUGCGCUGAGCAUAUGUCCAAUCUGUAAUCAAGACCACUACCAUGCUUUAAACAGUUACAACAACAGUUACUGUUUUGCUGCAAAUGAAAUCAUAGUGUAUGGUCUUUAAUGACACUCUGAAUAACACGGUAAUGGUUACAUCUGGGUUACCAUUUGAGAUCCGUUAAAUUCUUUUAUUUAUUAAAUGCACAUGAGUGUACUAUGUAGACUUUUGCUGUUUUAGAAAUAAUUUAAAUAAAUCUCACCACACAUGCUGUACAAAACCAUUGUAGAUAUUAUGUGUAUUUCUUUAAAUAAUGAAAACUUGUUUUGCCGCCAAGGGCAGAUUCAAAAUUCUCUACAGUACAACUUUUGCUUCCAAUCUAUGAUUCAAGAGGGGUUGUCAGUUUUCCAGAAUGAUAGCCAUUGUACAAUGGCUGCAACACAAAUUUAUAGGAUUUAUGUUUUGACAUUGCUCUUGUUAUUAACAUUUUGCACUGCAUGGGCUAUUUUCUUUUAUAUUAUGUGGUCCCCUAAACCAAUAAAACAAAAUACAGUUCAUCAAUGAAA